CCUGUUGCAGGGGUACAGCGCUUCAAAUCAAUCUGCAGUUAAGUGCAGUUCAGGACCAACCCUCCUGUCUGAUGCCAUUUCUUUUGUCUCUUAAAGUCAUACACCCCAAAAUGUUUCCUCAAGUAAGUCAUGCUUGCUUAAACAGGCAAGUUAAGCAUAAUUUUACUCCCACAUAAGACACCCUCUACAAUAAUUGGGACAUUUGGUAAAGAUGCGCACAAAAACCUUAAACAGUUGUCAUGGAGACGUGGUGACACCAUGCAGCUCUGCUGAAAAUCUCUAACAGCAAGCUUUGAAGAUUUCUUUAGCAUCCGUUACCAUUCUGCUUCACUGUCUGUGGUUGGAAGACAAACUUUGGUCCUUGUCUAGCCUUGUUCAUUAUCAGUCCAAGAAAUUUCAAGCUGUUUAAUUCUUGCUCUAAAUGUGGGUGUGGUCAAGAUUUGGAGCGGUAAUAUUUUCUUGCAGUCGUUUCCUGAUUUAUGAAGAUCAACACACAUCUAGUUUAAGUGAAAUGUUACAUAGUCUUUCUCAUUUUGAAGAGUGGCUGAAAGACCUAUGUCUCAUGUAAAAUACGAAGUCAUGGAUUACUAAAUAAGUUUGUCAACAUGACAAUCCUGCACUAAUUAUAAAAAAGCCAAUAAGUGUGGCACCCCUGGUAAAUAUGGAGACUUAGACAGGGAAGCAGCUCCUAAUAGUCUUCUUUCCUCUCGAUCUCCCCCUCCCAACAAGCUCUGCAGAGGAAAGACUGACACAGCACUUACAGUCUGCUCUGUGAGUACGCACAGUAUAGUAGACAGGAUUAUAAUCAGAGAAGGAAGCAGAGGAGGACUGUAAAGGAUUAAAAGAGAAACAACCUAGGAUAAAAAAGGGAAUAGGCAACAAAAGUGAAACUAAAAGAAGAAACAAAAAAGACUGGAGGAAUAAAAAAAAGGAUGUAAAAUCCCUAAAAACAAAGAAUAUGGGAGCGUCGCAUUGAAAAGUAAAAGCUGGAUUAAAAAAGUGAGGAAUAUACAUAAUUUCCACGACAACAACCACCAAACUGCAAGGUUCCUAAGGUCUUUGGUGGCUCUUCAGAUCCAACUCCUCCUCCUGGAGACCUAAUGUCAGGGAAUACAGCACGGUCUGUCGUCCCACCAGGGUCCAUUCACAGCAAUGACAGGUGCCAUGGGAACAAGUAGAUCCAACAGGUAUAGCAUUGUGUCAGACAUCAUACCAGAGGAGGAGCUGGAGAAGAUUUCUAGUUUAGCACUCUACAAUGGUCGCAGUUCUGCCAAAGUGAAGGAGCAAAGAGACGUAGACAGAGAGGGCGGUGGAAGGAAGCCUGCAGCCUCCACUGUUGUGCCUGGCACUAGCGGACAAAGCAGUAUGAACAACUACAACGGGAAGGCCCUGACACGGAGCUCUAACCAAGUCCGGAGUCGCUUUGUGAAGAAGAAUGGACAAUGCAAUGUAGUAUUCACUAACAUGGAAGACAGGAGUCAGCGCUACCUCGCAGAUAUCUUCACCACCUGUGUGGACACCCGGUGGAGAUAUCUACUACUUAUAUUCUGCACCAGCUUCCUCGUCUCUUGGCUGAUAUUUGGCUUAAUCUUUUACAUUGUCGCCCUUGCACAUGGGGACUUUAAAGAGCCUAACCAGAAAGCAAAUGGGCUGGUGCCAGGAAUGUAUGGACCUUCCUCUGGUCACUCAGUUGGGGGGCAGACACAAAGGAUGCCCUGCAUAUUGCAUGUUCAGGGUUUUGUUGGGGCGCUCCUCUUUUCAAUGGAGACCCAGACUACUAUUGGCUAUGGAUGGCGCUGUGUUACAUAGGAGUGUCCUCUGGCUGUUUUAACAGUUGUUAUACAGUCCAUUGUUGGUUGCAUCAUUGACUGCUUUAUGAUUGGCACCAUCAUGGUUAAGAUGGCUCGGCCAAAGAAGAGGAACCAGACCCUGAUCUUCUCCAAAAAUGCUGUCAUUGCUCUGCGUGAUGGCAAACUGUGCCUCAUGUGGAGGGUGGGCAACCUGCGGAGGAGCCACAUUGUGGAAGCUCAUGUCCGAGCACAGCUUAUACGAUCAUAUGUCACAGCUGAGGGCGAGUUCAUCCCUUUGGAGCAAAUGGACCUCAAUGUGGGCUAUGAUGAAGGUACAGACAGGCUGUUUUUAGUAUCUCCACUGGUUAUAGUCCAUGAGAUAGACAAAGAUAGCCCUUUGUACACCUUAAGUCGAGCAGAUCUGGAUGCAGAUGACUUUGAGAUUGUCGUGAUCCUGGAGGGGAUGGUGGAGGCCACAGCCAUGACCACCCAGUUCCGUAGUUCUUACCUUGUGAAAGAAAUCUUUUGGGGUCACAGGUUUGAGCCAGUGAUCUACGAGGAUCGUGACCGCUACAAGAUAGAUUAUGCACGCUUCCACAAUACCUAUGAAGUCCCGUCAACACCCCAUCUCAGUGCAAAAGAGCUUGAUGAAGCUGCGAGCAGUGCAUCUUCUGCUGCAUCUCCUGCAUCAGCCUAUAGAUCUACACAAGACUUGAUCCCACGGUCUCUGACCGCCUUUUGCUAUGAGAAUGAGGUAGUACUGAGCUGUGCAGAGGGAGAAGAGGAAGACAUAUUUGACUCUACAGAGAUGGUAGGGAAGGACUGGGCAGAGGAGAGGAGGACUUCUGUUGACUUUCAAAGUAUGUUUCAUGACACAGAAACCAUAACCCCAGGUAGUCACAAUGUCAUGUGUGUUCUAGACAUGGACAAUAACCAGAUGGAGUUUGACAUCCUACAGACCACGAUUCCUCUUGAUCCAGUCACAUAUAAGAGUGAGCAAGAGGCCUAAAAAGUGAAGCAUAGGUUGCUUGUCCAGAACGUUGGACACACGUAUUCAGCUUACAUUUGCAUGAAAGUAAACUGAAACUCACAUUGCCUUUCCAGUGCUGUCUUUUUUUUUAUUAAUGUUAUUAUAAUUCCACUCGUGUUAAAUUAUUGGCAGUAAAGUUUUCCCAAGACUGCAACAUUGAAAAAACAUGUGGACAAAAUAUCUCUGACAGACUCUUGGCUUUUUUUAAUUGUAAAUUAAUAACCAAAUGAAAGCACAAGCAAGUUAAAGUUAAGAAUCUUGCAUAGUUCACAAUUACCUUUGUAUAAAAUAUUUUAUUUAUUUGAACAAUAAUAAAGAAAGCAAUAGUGAUUUGGGUAAAAUUACUCUUUUUGUAUAGAAAAUGCAGGGCUUACAGCUUCAAGGGGCAGUUUUGAAGAAAUACUCUUUCAUCAGAGGUUGGGAAAGUUGUGUUUGAUAUUGUCAAUAGUUUGCAGUAAAUAUAUUUGCACACCUUUGCUGGAAACUGCUCAAAAUCCAUUGUCUAUGAUUAUUUAAUAUAAAAUUGGUAACUUGACCAUACUGAGGGCAUUCUCUAAGUGUAGCAGGUGGGUUUAUUUACAUUUCUUAAAGCAACAGUUUUUCUUCAGUGGGGUUCUGCGGAGUAAUUAUGAGCAGUCACUAUCUGUCCUGGAGUUAACAGCAGUCAGAGUGAUCUCAGUUUGAGAAACUCACAGAUGUUCUCAUCUGAGAGCCAAGCUAACAGCCACUGAGAAAUGAACCAACUCAAACAACACAAAGUUAAAAUUACAUACUUUAUUUUAAUUGCCCCCCUGGUGAUAAAUUAAGUUUUUUUUUUUUUUACAAAAAGUAAGGUUAAAUAUAUUAGCAUCUCUGUAUGUGUAUCUGUAUAUGUCAGAACUUAGAUCUGGGAAUAGCAUAGUGACUAAGCUAAGUACUAGUGGCAAAGCAUGGCAAUAACAUUGUAUCUCAAACACUGUAGCAGGCCAUCGACUAACAGAAAUGGAAAAGAAGUCGGACUGGUACAAACUGAUUAAAGGAAAAAUUAACCAGUUAUUACAGCAGCAAUCACUUUUUAAAAAUAUGGCAGCUGUAUUGAAUUAUGAUGUCUGUGUUAGUGAAAAAUGACAAACUUUGUCAUUUUUGAUUUCUGAUUGUAGGGGAUCUUCCUGUUUUUUUAAUCAGGGAACACCCAAGUGAUUGCUGAAGUAGUAAACAGCCUAUUUGUUGUCAUCUGCCAUUCUCAGCACUGUGCAACUUCUGUUACACUUUGUUGCUCUAUUUGAAAUACCUUACGUUUUUGCCUUGCAUUCCUAAUAGUUAGCUGCAGCUUGAAAUGAUUAUUUCAAAUGUGUUUCUGAGUACCACUGAAGGCAGCCAAAGUACCACAUUAGUACCUAUAUGAAAACUAUAGCUCAGUAUUUAUACCAGGUUCUAUAAAAUGAGAUUACUCUGACUGCUGUCCAGUGCAGGGAAGCUACAGACUGCUAAUAACUACUCCACAUUGCCCCACAUAAAAACAAGAAAACUGACCUCUACUAGAAAACUUCACAUCUAAGAUAACAUUUUCUAUUGCCUGUUUUGAGUUUUUUUCAAAAUAGAAACUCUGCAUUUGAAAUAUUUAAUGCUUAAAUUGACUUUUAGGUAAAUAAAAAAUGUAAAUUACAUUUCAGAUUCUAUACAAUUGAUUUUGUUAUAAUUGGAAAUAAUCAAAGUAGUGGGUUCUUUACUUGAUUACUUGCUUGAUUGCUAAUAAUUAUGUUUUUGCUGCUUUGUUCCUAGUGAAGGUUUGUCCUGUGAUAACAGAAACAACACUGAGAAGUGGCUUUUACUUGUAUGAAUGCUGAUGCUGUUUGCCAAAGGUCUGUAGUUUGGGAGUAAAAGGCAGAGCGUCUCUGAUUCCAUAUGUGGAUAAUGUGAUGGCAGGAAGGUGAAAGGAUGCCAUGAGGCACA